CACGACAUUUGUGGCAACAGUGUUGAUUGGGACACAUCUGGCAGGUUUUUGCUUUCACUAACACUCUGUAAAUCCCCGCUGCUGGCCCUCUCUCGAAUGGCGCUCGCUGCAUAACCCUCCCCUUGUGACCUCCCCUUCUUCCUGUUGCUGCAGGGCAUCAGGAUGGCGUCGGAGCCGACGGCCGGCGCCGACGGCGUGUUCCGCGCCUCUGGCCAUGCCGACGGUCUGCUGGUGCGCAUGGACCGGCUGCGCCUGCAGCACGCGCUCUGUGACGUCACGCUGGUGGCUGACGGCCGACGCAUCCCUGCUCACCGACUGCUGCUGUCGGCCGCCUCGCCCUAUUUCGAGGUCAUGUUCACACACGACGUGCUGGAGGCGCGCGCGCCGGUGGUCGAACUGAAGCAGGUGGACCCGGACGCACUGCAGAUGGUGGUGGACUUCUGUUAUACAGGUUGUCUGGAGCUGAAUGAGCAGACGGUGGAGCUGCUGCUGACCACGGCCAGCCUGCUGCAGCUGUCGCAGAUCCAGACGGCCUGCUGCCACUUCCUCGAGAAGCAGCUGCACCCCUCCAACUGCAUCGGCAUCGGCCUGUUCGCUGAGCGGCAGGGCUGCCAGAAGCUGCACCGCUCCGUCCAGCGCUUCACCGCCGACAAGUUUGUCGACGUCAUCAGGAACAACGAGUUUCUGGACCUGCCACCAGACGAGGUGGCUGCUCUUCUUGCCUUGGAUGAUCUCAACAUUCCAUCGGAAGAAGUCAUCUUUUACCGUCACCGUCACACAGCGCAGUGCACAGCGCUGCAGCGCGGCUAG